UAAUCUAUACUCUGAUCCCCUCUGUCUCCAGCAUGCCGAGCCUGCCAUUAGACGAGCUGCAGAUCACUCAGAGGGAUCCGGGGACAGGGAGGCAGCGCUCCCUAGGAGCUCUGAACCCACAGAGAGCCGUGUCCAGGAACUUUAUAACCUAUUCGCCUCCACCUGACUCCUGUGCUCCUGCUCUUCUCGAGGAGUUUUUGGAAAGGGCUGAUUUUAUCAUAAAGGAUCUCCAAUGGUUGGUAUCAUUGCCACAUGACCGUUUCUGGUGCCAGGUGAUAUUCGAUGUAUCUUUGCAGAAGUGCUUGGACUCUUUUUUGAGCAGUGCUCCUCGUAAAUACGAUCAAUGUACGCCUUUCCCGCCUGCUGUGCAGCAGGUGCAGGACAAACUCCAUCGCCAUGUGUUUCUAACCUUUCUGCGAAUGUCAACACACAAAGAAUCAAAGGAUCAUCAUAUUACUCCCUCUGUGUUCGGUGAGAUUAUUUACAACAACUAUCUCUUCGACAUUCCCAAACUUUUGGAUAUAUGUAUUCUUUUUGGUAAAGGAAACUCUGCUCUUCUUCAGAAGAUGAUUGGUAACAUUUUUCAGCAGCAGCCAAGCUAUUACCAGGAUCUUGAUGACAGCAUACCAACAUUACUACAGGUCUUCAGCUCCAUUAUGAAGGUUUGUGGGCUUCAGCAGGAUGAUUGUAAAGAACCCCUGAAGCUUGGAGAUGAGAAACGUACAUCGCCUCUAGAUAUGGCAGAGCAGGAACUGCAGGAUACAGUCUUUUAUCUCUGUGACACAUCCAGUACAAUUUGGUCCUUUCUAGAAAUCUUUCCAUCUGCCUCUCAGACUUUACAAAAACACAAUUUCUUGAGUAGUCUGAGUUCCUUUUAUGAAUUAUGUUGCCCGGAGCUGGAAUCUGCAAUUAUAAAGAGGAAGUUUGCGGAUAAAAGACUACAGGUGGAUCUCUGGAGAAGAUUGUGUCACUCCAGAAAGAAGUUGUUAGACAUCGUUCACAUCCUUAUCAGCAAUACCUGUCUUCAGCCCAUUUUGGAACGCAGAGCAGAAAAUAUUCAACCCUAUGUAGAGGAAUUCUUGCAAAUAUUAACAAAUCUUCUUCCAGAAAGGCGGUUUCUGUGUGAUUAUGAUGAGCAGUUCCCAGUAGCUGAGGAUAUCAGUUUGCUGCAACAAGUUUCCCCUUCAAUUGAUGAGACUCGAACCACAUACCUUUUGAACGGUGUGCAGAGUGCAUGGACCGAGGCUCGGAAAUUCAAACCACAUGUACCUACCCCUCCUCCAACCAGUGCAGAACGAGAUGCUGAAGGAGCAUGUGGAAGUAUAGAACAAAACUCCCACUACCUAGAUGAACCUGAAUGCUUAGGAGCCACAGCAGCACCAUUUCCGAGUGGAGUGGAGCUGGACUCUCUGGUGUUCCAAGUGAAAGAUUUGCUUCCUGAUCUGGGAGAGGGAUUCAUCUUAAAAUGCCUCGAAGAAUAUGGUCACAAUACUGAAAUUGUUAUCAACCACUUACUGGAGGACAACCUGCCACCACAUCUACAGGGACUAGAUCGCACCAUGCCUAGGCAGCAGAAAGUGGAUCCGUGUCCUCUUCUCUCUUCAAGGUCAAAUGUUUUUGCGGAUGAUGAGUUUGAUGUCUUCAGCAGAGACCAUGUGGACACAUCAAGGAUUUGGAAAGGGAGGAAGAAACCGGAAACUGCAGCACAACUGCUGGCAGAUAAAAGUGAAAUAUCUGCACAGAAAGAGCGCUAUGCUCAGUAUAAUAUGGUCUCUGAAGUACACAUCGUGGAUGAAGAUUAUGAUGAUGAGUAUGAUGAUACAUAUGAUGGGAACCAGGUUGGAGCAAAUGAUGCAGAUUCUGAUGAUGAGCUGAUCAGUCGCAGACCCUUCACCACUCCUCAAGUGCUAAGAUCACGAGACAGAGAUGUACAGGAGGAAAUAGAUGAGGACGAGGCUGAAGAGGAAACUGGUCCAAAGCCCGAUCACUUUAUUCAGGACCCAGCAGUGCUGAGGGAACGGGCAGAAGCCAGAAGAGCAAAUUACUACGCAAGGAAAGGUUUCAGACAUGAUAACACAGCAUCUGUUGCGGGGACAGCCCGCGGUCAGGGACAGAACCGCGAAACAAUACAGGAGCGCAGGAAGAAAGAAGCAAACAAGGGAGCCAGAGCAAAUCACAAUCGACGAUCAAUGGCAGACCGCAAGAGGAAUAAAGGAAUGAUACCAUCUUAGCAUUUCACCAGUGCUGGACUAGUAUAGCAAAUGUCAUAUUUUGUACACAUC